AUGGCGGCGGAACAGUCGGACGGUUGCCAAUUGCAGGAACCGUUGGGCGCCACGGCCAUACGCGCCCAUGCAAUUGCAAGUCUCUCGUCUUCGCCUAUUGCUUCCCACUUAUUUGAGGUGGGCAAGUACUCGGCAGGCCCCCCUCCUGGUUUGAGAACUCCUCUACUGCCCUCGACGUCUGAAUCCGUGUCAUCAGAGAUCGUCCCCGAGUACCGCACACUGGCGACGACGCCAGCAUCGGGGCGUCAGGCCUCGUAUAAGGAGAAUCAGGAGAUGCAAGAGUUCGAGGAGGCUGUGCAGCAACUCGGCACCCCCAAAUCAACUGGCGUACAGCCCACGGAUGAGCAGGUACGAAGCGUUCCAAAUGCAGCGAUGCGUGACAGACGCGAGCGCGGGUCCUGUGCAGGGCACCGAGAUUUCGGCGGAAUUCCUAGCAAUACUGAGCAGAGUGCAAUCACUGGCGCUGGGCAGAUACUGGAGGAGAAUCGAAGGCAGGGAAAAAAGCCAGCUGAGGAGGAGAAGCAAAAUAAUUGCAUCGACCAUGAAAACGCCUCUCUCGUGGGAGCGCUUUGCAAUCAUCCUUCUACGUACUGGUCCUUCACGCCGGCCACAGGUGUUCGUGCCAUGGCUCCACGACAAACGUUAUGCCAUGACGGGGCUUUAGAGGCUCACAACACCAGCAGCGAUAUAGAGAGCAUCUCAUCACCGAAUGUAGCUAAGCCGCUCUCGACUGAUCUGCGAGAAGCUAUGAAAGGAACUAAGGCGCUGAUACCGCACCCGCCUCGAGUGCAGCCGGUGCCGCUCUCGUCGUCGUCAGGAGACACCGGCGUGGUACCUGCAUCCGCCUAUAGGAAAGCCGAGAGACUGUUCCAAAGAGUAGCGGGAUCAGCAGAGACAUCCGGAUCUGGCGCAGAGGCGGACAGCGGAAUUACUGACCAGGUGGAUGAGGCCGUCCUCCCAGUGCCGUCUUCGAAUUCUUCAGCUCCUGCGGCAGCGCAGGCACAGCUGCUAUAUGCGGCUGCUUCUGCCUUAACGGGGACUUUCUCACUACCCGCCUCCAUUCACAACAACACCACUGGAAAUUACCUACGCAUACCCUCAGUGACUCCCGCAGAGGUGAUGUCGUCGGCCGGAGCGACUGCCAGCGAUGCAAGUGACCAUGCCAGAUCUUGUUCAGCACAGGACGCCCUUCUCAGGCUUCUCUCGACGCCGAUUUCAUCAACGCCCGAUUCGUUUCAGACACAACCCUGCGUGGCACCUGAAGCAACAGACGAUCGUGGCUCUGGUGUUGCUCCUGUUGGCCUUGACAGUCCCGUCCCGCAUGACAGCGUCCCUACCCGCGAAUCUCAGGAGGCCCUUCCAGACCUUUCCUCGGUGAGCGAGGCGCUCUACUCGCUUCUUGCAGAGACUAUAGACAGUCAAAACUUUGAGACGCAGGGGGAAGAAAGAGAAGAAAGGAAUGUAGAGACAGGCGAGGGGAUGGCCACGAGAGGAGAGCUCGAAUCAGCGGGCCUGCGUGAUACAAUAGCUUUCACGGGCGCCUGUGAACAAGGUCGCACCGUUACAAGUGCUGAGGGGCAAGUGAGCCUAUCAGCGGUAGAGAAGCUCCUCCUCGAGCUCCCAUGCAAUCCUGCGAGUUGUCCCACAUGCCUUGGGGCUGUGGCAGCACGGGAGCCUGUGGUUGACAGUAUAGUCAACAAGCUGGCUGACCUGCACAGCCACCUUUCGAUAAUGAUGGAUCUGCUUCUGCGCCAGCACCUGAGCCAGCGAGUGAUGGCCUCUUGGCUUCGUGACCUGCAACGCCAGCAUCAGAAGCUGCGCGAAGAAACAGGCGGUCUUCGCCAACCGAGGGAAGUGGUUCACAGUAGCACACCGCCGCCGGAUGACACGCCUAUGAGACAUGAACUGGGGGACUUGACAAACAAGAUGUUGCCGCACCACAGACAGUUCGUCCAGGGUCUUCCUGAAUUGAGGAGUCCGCAUCACCGCAGACUCCCCACGGUGGAUGGUCAGGAACGAGUUGAUGUGCUUCACAGCAGCUCGGAAGCACGAAGAGAUGAACGCACGGGAGCGAGAUUCUCUUUCAUUUCGGGGCAAAGACAGGGAGCAGGGGCUUGCAAAUCCAGUACUGCAUCACUAAUCCGGCCUGCAAACCAGUUUGCCGGUUCUUCUGUUGUGGGGUCAGGGACCCCAUGCGGCAUUCCUCGGGAACGCGAAAUCAAAAACCCUGAUACCGAUCGCUAUGAUGGCGACGGAGAGACAGGAAGGGCAGAAGGCGAGUCGCAGAAGCUUCUAGACGACCCGUCAAACGAACCGUGCCGGCCCCAACUACAUGGCGUAGCAAACACCCAACAAACGGGGAAUCCGACUGCAGAACCUUCGAAUGAAGGAUGGGGGCAAGGCCAUACAGGAUUUGCCGCCCCCGGAGAAUUCGGGUUCUCGACUUCUGUUUACUCCCGCGGCAGCAACGUUCGCCACGCGGAAGAUCCGUUUCCACACUGCUUAAUGAUCCAGCUGAUUCAGCCGCUGCCGACCGGCAUCAAGCUGGAAAUGAAGGCGCACAGACCUUCGUCAACACCCGCGGAUGGAGCUGGUGAUAGUACGAAACAGGGGGCGCCUCGAGAGUAUGCCUUGCGUGUGUCUUUAACGCGGCAUGACACGAAGUAUAUUUCUUUUCAUUCUCUACGAGGAAUCCUCCCGGCGUACAACGAGGCCGUUCGGCUUCGCAACAAGUUCGCUGCACUACCAUUUCUUCUCCCGACAAUGACCCUGAAGGAAUUGGAGAAACGAAAAAGCUUAUUGGAGGAGGGGGCCCUUCUUCCGGGUCAUGGACCGAGGGAAGCCUUCAUGACCGUACAGCAGCGUAUGACGUACUACAGACAAGUGGCUAGGAGCCAGCCAUCCAACUCCAGGGGCUUGGACCAGGUAUCAGCGGCAGGACCAUACAUCGAAAUCGAAGACAAACAAGACAGUAGCGGUACACGCGCGCGUCGCAGGCUGUCUGGUGAUGCGCACUCUGAAGUUGAGCCUAUGCAGUCCAGCGAUACCGUGCCAAUUACCGGCACAGACCAGGAGCCGGAUCUUGAGACGCCUGGUGGAUCGCAGUCUUCACCUAGACGGCCUAUCGUUGGUAGUGUACGUAAACCGGUGACUCGUGGAACGUCAGCACUCUCAGAGAACAGCAGCGUGCCACGAAACAGACACCGGGUAAGCUCGGGAGAUGCUGCAUCAAAGAUCUUAGGCGGUGACGCGGGACUCGUGGGUGGAAAAAAUCUGCAGGCUUGGAAGACAAUGCCGUCAGCUGCUGGGGCGGCACCUACCCUCGGGAAUCGAACGCAGACGACAUCAGAAUCGAUCUUUGGAUCUCGAAGGAAUCUGACGGAGAUUCGCCCUGUGGCCAGCCUCAGAGGGCUCGCAGAGAUCGCUGCGCGCGCGUCAUCAACCGGUACGAAUACACGAGCCCGACCGGCAAUAGUAAGAGGUUGCUCAGCUACCCAGUACCAGACGUAUGCCGGCGACGAGAAUCCGACCAACACACCAGCGUCUCCAACGCGCCUUGCAAAGACCAAUGUGGGAAACGCCGAAGCCAUGCACAUGCGAUUGAUCGGUCGAAGGUGUCGGGAGGGAGAUGCAGCUCCAACCAUGAUUUCCAGAAAGCGCAAAGCCGAUGUGUCCUGCGAAGAACUGUAUGAUAAACUAACAAAGGAUUUCAACCCGUACGCUCCUGGGCUGCGAGGCGCUCUACCUCCUGGGGAACACAAGUCGAAGGCAACCAUUCUACUCAGCGAGCAAACUGCCCGCGAGAACAAGGAGUGCACGACAAACGAGGACUCUGUCUCUAGCGAGCUGAGGAUUGUGUCGCGAACUGAAAAACCGUCCACAGAAGGCCCGGUCGAGGAGUCCUCGGUGCGGCGGCCAGACAGCAACAGAUAUGUCCGCUCCGGUUCGGAGGGUGUGGGAGUGUCGUCACUGCUGAGUACCGCUUGCAGCAGCAUGGAGAUAAUAGACGAAUCAGAAGGGAAGAUCACGUCGGAGAGCUUUCGUGCUAUGUAUCGUCAAGGAGCUGAACCUGGAAGAGAAACGGGGUCGUCUCUAUAG